AUGCCACCUUCAGAAACAGGAACAGUUAUAAUAACAGGCGCAAAUGGUUCUUGCGCUUUAUCAUUCGUCUCUCAUCUCAUAACCCACUACCCACACCUCACUCUUCUCGCAACAGUCCGCGACGCGUCCCCCAGCGAUCCCAACACAGCACGCCUCAACGAGAUAAUCUCAACAUCAUCUCGAGCCUCCAUCGAACCACUAGAUCUGUCCUCCCUAUCAAAAGUCCGCACUUUCGUAGAGAAAACAGCAAAGCGUGUGGAAAGGGGUGAAAUACCAGCUAUAAAAGCCAUUGUCUGCAAUGCCUUCACAAUGUCCCUCAAAGAACAAGUGUACACGGAGGACGGGUUUGAGAGGACGUUUCAGGUGAAUCAUCUGAGUCAUUACCUCCUUGUUCUCAAACUUGUUGGUUCAAUGUCUCAAGAUGGCAGGAUCGUCAUGCUUGGUUCGAACACGCAUUAUACGGAUCGGCCGCAUCCGCUGUUCAGUAUGCGGGUUGGUAUUCCUGAGGAUGUGGAAACGCUUGUGAAGCCAAAGAAGGACACGGUCGGGAAAGACUAUGACCAUGGCUUUCAUAGGUACGGGAUGAGUAAGUUGGCGAAUAUCAUGUUUAUGCAUGACCUCAACGCAAAGCUUGCAAAGAAUCCCAAGCUGUCUGGAAUUACAGCAACAGCAAUGGACCCGGGUGGUAUGGUCGACUCCCGCGCACACAAGAUUCAGAAACCCAUCAUCCGCUUCGCAUUCAGCUUGAUUGUUCUCUUACUACCCAUCACGAAAUACUUCACCGAUGAGUUACGAUCUUCCGCGCAAUCAGGACGAGAACUAGUCGAGUUGGCUGUCGGAGACGAGUAUCAGGGAGAAAAGGGAUAUUUUAUGGGCGCGAGACGGGAGAAAGAGGAUGCGAUCUGCAUGGAUGCUGAAAAGAGAGACAUCUUGUGGAAAGCUUGUUGGGACUGGGCUGGUAUAAAGAAGGAAGAGACUGCUUUGGAGUAG